AUGCUUUCCCAAACAAGGGCCCGUGUGCCCAUGGCUCUCCGAAGCCUGUCCCGGUCUGCGACCGCUCGGACUCUGUCGUCUACUGUUCCCCGCGCCGAGAAGGAUGGAGCUCUCAACAAGACCUCCCGUCACAUCACCCAGCCCAAAGCCCAGGGUGCAUCCCAGGCUAUGCUCUACGCCGUUGGCCUCAAGGAGGAGGACAUGAACAAGGCUCAGGUCGGCAUCUCGUCCGUCUGGUUCAACGGUAAUCCCUGCAACAUGCACUUGCUCGACCUCAACAACAAGGUGCGCCAGGGUGUUCAGGAGCAGGGCUUGAUCGGUUUCCAGUUCAACACUGUCGGUGUCAGUGACGCCAUCAGUAUGGGUACCUCCGGUAUGCGCUACUCCCUGCAGAGUCGUGACCUGAUUGCCGAUUCCGUUGAGACUGUGAUGGGUGGCCAAUGGUAUGAUGCCAACAUCAGUAUCCCUGGCUGUGACAAGAACAUGCCCGGUGUCCUGAUUGCCAUGGGUCGUAUCAACCGCCCCAGUCUCAUGGUCUACGGUGGUACCAUCAAGCCCGGCUGCGCCAAGACCCAGAAUAACGCCGAUAUCGACAUUGUUUCCGCCUUCCAGGCCUACGGUCAGUUCUUGACCAAGGAGAUCACCGAGCCCCAGCGCUUCGAUGUCAUUCGUCACGCCUGUCCCGGUGAGGGUGCCUGUGGUGGUAUGUACACUGCCAACACCAUGGCGACCGCUAUCGAGACCAUUGGUAUGACUCUUCCUGGUUCUUCUUCCAAUCCGGCCAACUCGCAGGCCAAGUACGUCGAGUGUCUGGCUGCCGGAGGUGCUAUCAAGAGGCUGCUCGCCGAGGACAUCCGUCCCCGCGACAUUAUGACUCGUCAGGCCUUUGAGGAUGCUAUGGUUCUCGUCAUGAUCACCGGUGGCUCCACCAACGCCGUCCUGCACUUGAUCGCCAUGGCAGAUGCCGUUGGCAUCAAGCUCACCAUUGACGAUUUCCAGGCCGUCUCUGAUCGCACUCCCUUCCUCGCUGAUCUGAAGCCGUCUGGUAAGUGGGUCCUCGCAGAUUUGUUUAAGAUCGGCGGAACGCCCGCUCUAUUGAAGAUGCUGCUCAGGGAGGGUCUGAUCGAUGGUUCCCGUAUGACCGUUACCGGUGAGACUAUGGCUCAGAAUCUGGAGAAGGUUCCCGACUUCCCGGAUGAUCAGAAGAUCAUCCGUCCCUUCUCGAACCCCAUUAAGAGCACCGGUCACAUUCAAAUUCUGCGCGGUUCUCUCGCCCCCGGCGGUAGUGUCGGUAAGAUCACUGGUAAGGAGGGCACUUCCUUCACCGGAAAAGCUCGGGUGUUUGAUGACGAGGAUUCCUUCAUCGCUGCUCUCGAACGCAACGAGAUCAAGAAGGAGGAGAAGACUGUUGUUGUUCUCCGCUACCUUGGUCCUAAGGGUGGUCCUGGCAUGCCAGAAAUGCUCAAGCCGUCUUCCGCCCUGAUGGGUGCAGGGCUUGGAAACUCAGUGGCGUUGAUCACUGACGGCCGAUUCAGUGGUGGAAGUCAUGGCUUCUUGAUCGGCCAUAUCGUUCCUGAGGCCGCCACCGGUGGUCCCAUUGGACUUGUCCAGGAUGGUGACGUGAUUACCAUCGACGCCGAGAAACGCGUUCUAGACCUCGAGGUUCCCGAGACGGAGGUUGCUGAACGCCGCAAGGCCUGGGAGAAGCGCAAGGAGGCCGGUGAGCUACCGUCAGGAGGCAUGCGGAUGCGCGGCACGCUGGGCAAAUACGCGCGUCUUGUUUCUGAUGCAUCGCAUGGGUGCAUCACGGAUGGAGUUUGA